UCCGCACUCAGACCAGCCAUCGAUCUCUGCUUCUUUCUCAACCCCAAAGUUCGAUUUACUCUAGGAUUCAUCGGUCUGUCCGAUUUCUAUCACGCUCUUCACCAACAGCAAUGGGUAGCUCCACUGGCGAUGUCAACAACUGGAAACUGGAAGACCAUCCCAAGCUCCCCAAGGGAAAGCCAAUUGCCGUCAUCGUCUUGGAUGGUUGGGGUGAGUCCGAUCCCGAUCAGUACAACUGCAUCCACAAGGCUCCUACUCCUGCCAUGGAUUCCCUCAAGAACGGUGCCCCUGAUCGGUGGAGGCUUAUCAAAGCCCAUGGUGGUGCCGUUGGCCUUCCCAGCGAAGAUGACAUGGGCAAUAGUGAAGUUGGCCACAAUGCUCUUGGUGCCGGUCGCAUUUUCGCUCAAGGUGCUAAGCUUGUUGACACUGCCCUUGCUUCCGGGAAAAUCUUUGAUGGAGAGGGUUUCAAGUUCAUAUCUGAAUCUUUUGACAAGGGCACUUUGCACCUCAUCGGACUUCUGAGCGAUGGUGGAGUCCACUCCCGCCUCGACCAGUUGCAGUUGUUGCUGAAGGGUUCGGUAGAACGUGGUGCCAAAAGGAUACGAGUCCAUAUUCUUACAGAUGGCCGUGAUGUUAUUGAUGGUACUAGUGUUGGGUUUGUGGAAACACUUGAGAAUGACCUUGUGAAAUUACGUGAGAACGGUGUUGAUGCUCGGAUUGCAUCUGGUGGAGGUCGGAUGUACGUGACAAUGGAUCGUUAUGAGAACGACUGGAGUGUUGUGAAACGAGGAUGGGAUGCUCAAGUUCUCGGAGAGGCUCCUCACAAGUUUAAAAGUGCUGUAGAAGCUGUUAAGAGGCUGAGGGAGGAUACUGGUUGCAAUGAUCAAUACUUGCCUCCAUUUGUUAUUGUUGAUGAUAGCGGCAAGGCUGUGGGCCCAAUCGUGGAUGGUGAUGCUGUUGUUACUUUCAAUUAUCGGGCAGAUCGGAUGGUUAUGCUUGCAAAGGCGCUCGAAUAUGAAAAUUUUGACAUAUUUGAUCGUGUGCGAUUCCCGAAGAUACGUUAUGCUGGAAUGCUUCAAUAUGAUGGUGAGCUGAAGCUUCCUAGCCGUUAUCUUGUUUCUCCUCCAGAGAUUGACAGAACCUCUGGUGAAUAUCUGGUGCACAAUGGCAUCCGCACUUUUGCAUGCAGUGAGACUGUCAAGUUUGGGCAUGUCACCUUCUUCUGGAAUGGCAACCGCUCUGGAUAUUUCGACAAGAAUCUGGAGGAGUAUGUUGAAAUCCCUAGUGAUAGUGGGAUAUCGUUCAAUGUUAAGCCAAAGAUGAAAGCCGUGGAAAUAGCCGAGAAGGCCAGAGAUGCAAUCCUUAGUGGCAAGUUUGACCAGGUGCGUGUUAACUUGCCAAAUGGAGAUAUGGUGGGGCAUACAGGCGAUAUCGAAGCCACUGUCGUUGCAUGUGAGACUGCCGAUGUGGCUGUGAAGAUGAUCCUCGAUGCCAUAGAACAGGUGGGAGGAAUCUACGUUGUUACAGCGGAUCACGGAAAUGCAGAGGACAUGGUGAAGAGAGACAAAGCUGGAAAGCCUCUUCUGGCAAAGGAUGGGAGCCUUCAGAUUCUUACCUCUCACACUCUUAAACCAGUGCCGAUUGCGAUAGGAGGUCCAGGUUUGUCGGCUGGUGUGAGGUUCAGGAAAGAUGUUCCGACAGGGGGGCUUGCCAACGUGGCUGCAACCGUGAUGAACCUGCAUGGCUUUGUGGCUCCAAGCGACUAUGAGCCGACCCUUAUUGAAGUAGCGGAUAACUGAAUACAUAUACACAUAUAAUUCAUUGCCUUGGCCCUUGGGAAUGAAUGGCCUUUGAUUUGAAACUCUCUAUUUAUAUCGAUUUUGAACAUUUCGUCUACAUCUUUGUCAUGUAAACUGUCUCAACAUUUCUACAACUAAUAAUUGAGCGUCAAAGGUUUUCUUCGAU